GUCAUUGUCAUUGUCAAUACACCUUGAAUAUUUCUUUUUACUUUUCAAUUUUCUCCUACUCCUACUCUGAAUUUAGUGACAGGUUAAUAGCACAUGAGUUGUUGCUCAUAAAAUCUGGGCCCCCUAAAAAGAAACAUUUUUGUAAUAUAAAGGGGGUUCGUUGAAUAAAUACCCCGAAAAUGUCAAGUAUGUUAAAUAUAAUUAUUAAAAGUGUACCCCGAUCAACUCUUCGGCAUAUACUAAAAUCUGUAGAAAAGGGUAUUCCUGUGGUAACUGCAAAUCAUAGAUGUGUUAUUCAAGGGGAGCAGAUAAUCCGAAAAUAUGGUAUUAAUAUUAAUAGUUCCCACACUUUAAGAUGCAGAAAGUCUACUUCUAGUAGUAGAUAUUUUCAAACAUCCAAUGCCUGCUGGGACGUACAACUUGUAAAAGUGCCACCUUUUGCGGACUCUAUAACAGAAGGAGAUGUUAAACUCGAAAAGAAAGUUGGCGACUAUGUCGCUGCCGAUGAAGUUGUUAUGGAAAUCGAAACCGACAAAACAGCCAUGCCCGUUCACGCACCUGCUGCAGGUGUGAUAGCAGAAAUUCUAGUCAAUGACGGCGACACUGUGAAACCAGGACAACACUUGUUCAAGUUAACCGUUGGUGAAGGAGCUCCACCACCAGCAGCUGCCAAACCUGCUGCGGCUGCUCCAGCUCCUAAGCCUGCCGCCGCCCCUGCUGCCCCACCAGUUUCUCCGCCUCCACCUCCACCAUCAGCGCCACCCGCAGCUGCUCCCCCAAAACCUGCAGCUGCUCCUCCUAAACCAGCGGCUCCGAUGACUUCAAUACCUGUCGCCGCUAUUCGUCAUGCGCAAUCCUUGGAGGCGGCCACAGUUAAGUUACCACCAGCAGAUCCAACCAAAGAAAUCUCUGGCACGCGCACCGAACAUAGAGUUAAGAUGAAUAGAAUGAGGCUAAAGAUCGCCCAACGGCUUAAGGAGGCUCAAAACACGAAUGCCAUGUUAACUACUUUCAACGAGAUUGAUAUGACGAAUAUCAUGGCUUUCCGCAAAGAAAACCAAGAGGCUUUCCAAAAGAAAUAUAACGUCAAAUUAAGUUUUAUGUCGGCCUUUUUAAAAGCUGCAGCAUACGCUUUACAAGAUCAACCCAUUGUAAACGCUGUGAUAGAUGGAACCGAUAUCUUGUAUAGAGACUACGUGGACAUUUCAGUUGCUGUCGCCACACCGAAAGGUCUCGUUGUACCUGUUGUGAGAAACGUAGAGAGAAUGACAUAUGCCGAUAUUGAAUUGGGCAUCGCUGCUUUAGCAGAUAAAGCUAGAAAAGGUCAACUGGCUGUUGAAGAUAUGGAUGGCGGCACUUUUACUGUAAGCAAUGGAGGCGUAUUUGGUUCUCUUUAUGGAACUCCAAUUAUUAAUCCACCCCAAUCUGCUAUCUUAGGAAUGCACGGAAUAUUCGAUAGACCAAUUGCUAUUAAAGGACAAGCUGUUGUGAGGCCGAUGAUGUACAUAGCCUUAACUUACGACCAUAGAAUCAUUGACGGACGUGAAGCAGUGCUAUUCUUAAGAAAAAUCAAGCAAGCUGUGGAGAAUCCAGCCACCAUAGUCGCUGGUCUUUAAACUGCCGUUAAGAGUAAUAAAAUAUCACUUUAAUUUUAUUUUUCAUUGUACGGUUAACGUAUUUUUAUUUAUAUUCAUACUAAUUGGAUAUCAGUCGUCGUCAACUUUUUAUCACUUAAUCAUUAUUAAAGUAUUAUUGUCAAAUAUUUUAUUAGAAAAGGCUACAGGUUAACGAUAUCAUACAUUUGUAAAUUAUGCCGAGUAUAAAUAUAUAUACCCCUAAGUUGUACACGCAACUUCUUUUUUGUGUAAUAUACAUGUGCAAAUUUUGAAAAGUGUAUUUACAUUCGAUAUUAUUAGGCUUUGCCUAUUUCACUUAAUUGUUAUUUAUUAAUUAAAUGAUUAAACUACAA